ACAGAGGCUGGACAUCCUGAAGCUCAGUGAGGACCAGAGUUUCAUUUCAGCUGUAAGAAACUGGUUUAUCCUCAUCUUCCUCACUCUGCUCUCGUCACUCCGCAGACUUUGUGAAAGGACAAACUGUGAAGAAAGCUGUACGUCGCACUGCUGGUGCUUCUUGAACUUUAGCAGAGACAAAGACGUGAAGGCUAAAUUAAAGACAAAGUCGAGAUGUUGUGAAAGCGAAGAACUGAAGCCAGUGUUGGACUAAACAACUGAGAGGUUAGAAAGAAAUGCGAUCCAGGAGUUGCACCACGGAGGGUCCAGAUGCCAGACCCAUCCAGCCUACUAAAGGCCUCAUCAAACAGGAGGAGGAGACUCCUGAGCUGACACAAAGGAGGAUAAAAGUUCCAGAAGAAGACAAGGAUGUGAGGACAGGCAUGUCUGGAACAGCAAAGAAACCUCAAAAACCUGCAGAGAGCCAGAAAGCAAAAGCAGCCGGUCUGAGUAAGAAGGAUCUGAUUCAGCUGCUGGGAAUCAUGGAGGGGGAGGUUCAGGCCAGAGAGGACAUCAUUGGCCUGCUAAAGUCAGAGAGAACCAGACCGGAGACUCUGGAGGCCCACUACGGCUCGGCGGCCCCCACCAGACCCCUGCAGGCCCUGCAGAGGGACUCGUUGCUCCUGCACCGCAGCAGCAGCAGCACAGACGAUGUGUACGAGAAGCCAAUGGCCAAGCUGGACCAUCUGGAAGUCAAACAGAAGGAGACAUACAGACGGAUGCUGGAGCAGCUGCUGCUGGCAGAGAAAUGCCACCGCCGCACCGUCAUGGAGCUCGACAACGAGAAACGGAAACACGCCGACUUCAUCAACAAGAGCGAUGAUUUCACCAACCUGCUGGAGCAGGAGAGGGAGAGACUCAAAACAUUGUUGGAGCAGGAGAAGGCCUACCAGGCUCGUAAGGACAAGGAUCACAGCAGGAGGCUGGAGAAUGUCAGAGCUGAGCUGGUUAAGCUCAAGUCCUUCACGCUGAUGUUGGUAGACGAGCGGCAGCUGCACAUUGAGCAGAUUGACCAGCAGAGCCAGAAAAUCCAAGAUCUCACUCAGAAGCUGCAGGAAAAAGAGCAGCGACUGACAGCUGCAAGUUAUGCCGCCAAAGAAAACGGCCAGAAGGUCCUGAAGCUGGAGGCCGAGCUGGAAGAUCAGCAAGCAAAGUUCACACAGAAGCAGGAUGACAUGACGUCCAAGCUGGCUCACCAAGAAUCCCAAAGCCAGCAGCUGAAGCUGAAGAUGGCUGGGCUGGUGCACAAGAUGGAAGAGCUGGAGGACAGCAACAAGGCGCUGCAGAGAUCAGAUGAAGAUCUGCAGGAGCUGAGGGAGAAGAUCAACAAAGGAGAAUGUGGGAAUUCUUCUCUUGUGGCUGAGCUGGAGAAUCUGCGGAAGAAAGUGCUGGAGAUGGAGGGGAAGGAUGAGGAGAUCACAAAAACAGAGACUCAGUGCAGAGAGCUGAGGAAGAGGCUGCAGGAGGAGGAGGACCACGGCAAAGAGUUGAAGCUGGAGGUGGACAAACUCCAGAAGAGGAUGACUGAGCUGGAGAAGCUGGAGGGAGUCUUCAACAAGAGCAAAACCGAGUGCUCGCAGCUUCAUGCAAACCUGGAAAAAGAGAGAAAAGCUGUGAAAGAUGCAGCUGCUGAGCUGGAGAGGGUGAAAACUCAGCUGAAGGAACUGGAGACCUCAGAGUCAAAGCUGGAAAAGGCAGAAAUGCUCGUCAAAGACGAUCUCAUGAAGCUGAAGUCGUUCACCGUGAUCCUGGCAGAUGACAGGAAGAACUUAGCAGAAAGACUGAAGCAGGAGAAGCAGAAAAGUCAUGAUCUGAGUGAGAUGUUGAUAGCGGAGCAGGGCAAAGUUACAGAAGUUACAGAGAAGUUGAUCGAGGAGAGCAAAAAACUCCUGAAAUUCAAAUCAGAGAUGGAGAUCACAGUAACGGCCCUCAGCAGAGAAAGAGAGGAGUUAAAAAAUAAACUUGUAAGUGAAGAGGAGAAGUGUCAGGACCUGAAAAACAAGCUAACCGGGAUGAAAAUAAGAGUGGAUAGACUAGAGGAGAUGGAAAGAGAAACGCAGAGAAAGUGGGCCAGCGAGGACAGAAAUCCCGAUGAAGACAACAAAGUUAAAGAGCUCACAGUGGAAGUUGAAAGACUUAAAAGCAGGCUGAAGAAACUUGAGAUAGUGGAGGGAGAUUUAAUGAAAACCGAAGACGAGUACGACCUGUUGGAGAAGAAAUUCAGAACAGAGCAGGACAGAGCAGACGUUCUCGCUAAGCUGGUGGAAGACAUGAAAAGUCAGGUUGCCAGGAACAAAGCCAUCGAGAAAGGCGAGGUCAUGAGUCCGGAGGCUGAGCUGAGACUUCGCUGCAAGAUGGAGGAGGCCAAAACCAGAGAGCUGCAGGGAGAUGUCCAUGCCCUGAAGGAGAAAAUCCACGAGCUCAUGAACAAGGAGGACCAGCUCUCCCAGCUGAAGGUGGAUUUUUCUGUCCUGCAGCAGAGGUUCAUGGAGGAGGAGGAGAAAAAGAAGAGCAUGGGUCAAGAAGUGGAGACCCUCACCAAGGAGCUGGAAGCCACAAAGCGCUACAGCCGUGCACUGAGACCCAGUAUGAACGGUAGGAGGAUGGUGGACGUCCCAGUUACCUCCACAGCAGUCCAGACAGAUCUGCUGACCACUGAGCCUGCUGAGGACGAGACUGCAGCGGUCUUCAUCCGCAAGUCAUUUCUGGAGGAGAACCACUUGAUGAACAACCUCAGGCAGCAUGGUCUCAAGAAGCCUGCAGUUCUUGAACGAUACCCACCAGCAUCUGCAGAACUUGGGAUGAGAGAAUCUUCCAUACCCUGGAUGAAGAAGAAAGAGGCCGUCACGCUGACCCAGACCAGCUUUGAGAGGACCAAUGGAAUGUCCUCGCUCCAUCCACCUGCAAUGACCAUGUCCCAGAAGCCAGGCCAGCCCCUGCACAUCCGUGUGAUGCCGGAUCACCAGAACAGUACAGCCACUCUGGAGAUCACCAGUCCACGUGCCGAGGACUUCUUCUCCACUACCACCAUAAUACCAACUCUGGGCCUUCAGAAACCUCGCAUCACCAUCGUCCCCAAACCCACAACCGUGACCUCAAAGACCAAAGUGUGUGACGUGACGGGAGGUCAAGAUCGAGCCAAGUCUCCAGUCACAAUAACAACCAUCUCAAGAGCAAAGAGUCCAGAGAAGAAGAAAAGCAGCCCUGGCAGCCUUCAGUCCCCGGUGUCCAUCAUCACCGUCAGCACCACACCGGUAGCAGAUGCAUGCGCUGCAUCCGACCCUCACGACAUCCCUGCGGGAUGCACCGUCAUCAAGAUGACCCCGGAGAAGCAGCCUGAGCCUGCAACCGUCAGGAAAUACAACAGCAACAUCAUCACAACAGAGGACAACAAGAUCCACAUCCACCUGGGUCCGCAGCUGAAGAGGCCGUCGGAUGUCUGCAGCAGCUCUGUGCUGACGCUCCGACCCGCCGGGCUGAGCUCAGAAAACAAAGACACACCGCCUGGACCCGUACCACGGUCACCAUGGCAACACUCCGUGGCGAGGUCGGCUCAGAGCAAAAUGACCAGCAGCAUAACGAUCACACCCGUCUCCUCUGCAGCCUCCAGACCAACGCCGUCUGUGCUCAGCUCAGAGGUGCAGGCAGCUCGGAGCGCGUCCACACGCAUCCCUGUUUCAAAAGGCCCACAGAUGGAUGCAGCAUGCGACCGGCCGGCGCUGAGACGUGGCGAUGAGGCUUCUGCUCCUCAGGAUUUCCUCCACAGAGGCACUGAUCUGGUUUAGAGACCAACAGUCAGCGCUCCGCUGGACAAGAGGCCCCAGCACCAACGAUGUAUUCACCCCCAUCCUCCAACCAAACAUUCUCCCAGCAGGGAAGCUAAGACACACCUUGAUUACACCCUAAUCAAUAAUCUGAUCGCCACGGUCGCCCAGUGUGUGAGAUGCCAAGACAUUCUAGAUCAUUCUUUUAUUUCUGGUGUUUAACACUUUAAAGGCCGACCCAGGAAAAAAUUUAGAGAAAUUUCGAUUUAUUUUUUCAUCUGAUAUCCUUAUUUGUCCUUAACAAGUUAUUUUUGUAUAUUUACCGUUUAUUAUGUCACAGUUUAAAAAGAUAUAAAUAUACAUAUAUAGUAGUGCAGAAAGUGUCCACCAGGGGGCAGAAGAACGUGUUCAACAUGAUUUUUAGCAAAGUUUUUACAAACAAGUCAUGCAAAAAGUCUCAGAAACAUAUAAUUCAUAUUCAUUUCAUUGUAAUUCAUACGGCAUUAAAGGGUUAAGUCUCUUGUUAAUCAGUGAACAUCCUCCUUUGGCCUGAUCAGUAAACGAACCUUGAUCACCUGUUAAAUCCACACAGGGAGCGACGGCUCAGAUUCACCAUCUUAAAGGGCUUUUAGGUAGAGAUGAUGAUGCUGCCUGUAUGUAAUGACUUUGUCUGUUUUCAUCUUGUCUGGUUACUGAACAACUUGCACAGGUAAAUCAGUGACUUGCAGGUUUAAAUUGUCCUGUGAUACAAGCAGGAAUGUUCUUAGUUUGGCUCAAACUGCAGCAAAGCCGAACCUUGUCCUCCAGCAGACCCCGGCUUGCUUCACUCACACCAAUGAGAAUAUGCGUAGACCUGAGAAAUGUCCUCUGCAUGGUGAUGUACUGUACAAAUAAUGACUGAUAUGUCCUCUGAAGUGUCCAACAGUGUGUUCGCCUGAUGAAUUUGUUGCUGGCAAUGAUUAUUCAUUUUUAUGCUUCAAGUAAAUUUUGUUUUCAAGUCAGAAAUGUAAAAUAAACUGUUAAAGAGA